AUGGGUGGACAACAAUCCAAGAAAAAUAUUUCGGAAUCAGCAACGGGUGCUGUUUCAACUGUAGCAUCGUUAGCCGUUGCUAGCCGACCAAGACAAGGUCGAGUUCAAAAUUAUUUACUAAUAUGGGUCGAUGGCAACACCAAUGAACAGAAUGAAGAUUGUGCAAACACGCUGGCGAAAUUGCGCAGUGUCGUCAGAGAAGUCAAUCUCUGUACGACUCCAGCACAAUGCAUUCAAUUCCUGAAUGAUAUGGAUAAUGAAAAAGCUUUCAUUAUUUGUUCAGGAGCAUUGGGACAGGAUCUCGUACCACAAAUUCAUGAUUUGUCACAAGUGAACGCAAUUUAUAUCUUUUGUGGUAAUAAAACAAAACAUGAAGCAUGGGCAAAAGAAUGGGCAAAGAUUGAAGGUGUUUUCACCGCAUGA